AUGAUGAUCAAGCGCAUCAUGAUGUUGGCCGCUUGGGCCUUUGUGGCGUGCUGCCCGAUCGCGAACUCCUUCGUGUACCGUUCUUCGGUGCAACGUAACACCUUCAACACCAACUCAAUGUUGGGCAGGAAACAGAGGGGCGAGGUCGGCAAGACCAUCGAGGUGCCCUCAGGCAAGACCAUUGACGGGGCUGGCGUUGGGCGCAGCAGCGGCGCGGUCGCCAUCGAGGAGAAGGUGCGCAUCCCGCGGGUUCCUUCGGCGCUGGACCCCGAGGGGAUUACCCGCAGGGUGGACUCUCCGCUCCACAUCUUGGGGAAAGGGGGGGAUGGGGAGGGUGUGCCGGUGCCGCAUGAAGAAGAAUUUGUUCCCGUGGUGAGGGAGGGGGCUAAGUCGCCGAGCAACGGCGAUCACCACGACGUUACCCAUCAACAACAACUGAUCCAGCAGGAUGAAGCAGCGGAAGAUGGGCUCGAGCGCCGGCGCCGGCUCCACCACCACGGUUCGAGGCCACGGGGUCGAUACCCUGGCUGGACUGUUCGCUGGAAGGGGUUCCAACGACACCGUUACAGGAGUGGGUUGUCCGGGCUACGCUCAACGUCACCAACAGGGCCAGGUGUGGGAGAUGGGCUCUGCUCGAUUUGUGACAAGGAGCACACGCCGAACGAAGCCGCUGCUCCGACCACCGGACAAGUUGGAUACCACGACCCCGCUUCCGAAACCUCUCUCGGAAUUUGCACGAGCGACAUGAAGAGUGUCCCUGUCGAGAGCCGCAGCACUGAGAAGUACGGAACUGCGACCAUCGUAGAGAGCAGCGAGGUGGCCAACAACCACAGCCGCCACGGCUUGGAGAAGGCAAAGGCCUCGCUGGAGCUGCCGUCUUGUGCCGUCGACGCCCGUUCCUUGCAAAAGCGAGUCGAGCCCAUCCAGGACGACAAGAGCUCCGCCCCCACGCACGACGGGUCGAGUCCUGCCCAUACCAGGAUCGCGCGCGAAGCAGUUUCUGAUGGUCAAGGUCACGACAGGAAGAAGGUCGGUCGCUCCUACCCCCACGAGGACACCGGCCGCUCGUUUUUUAGUCUCCACCUUCAGCAGUUCGAUGGUCCUGAGGACUUCAACCAAGGUCCUUCAUUGACAUUUCCCUACUUUCCAGCGGAGAUUCCCCCCCCACCCGUCCAAUCCGGAGCCACUCCCGCCGCCACCGCCGCCACCGGGUAUGGAACAGCGUCUCGUUCUACACCGCCCGACCCGACCACGAACAGCCCUGCCGAAGCCCCUGCCGAAGAAUCCCCUGACUACGUCGACAUGUUGACCGCUGCGUUGCAUGACGCGUGGGGCAGAGGAACGAUUCGAGGCACAAGCCACUUGCCCACCCAGGAUGGCACCACUGCCGCUCGCCAGUCCUCGGCGUGGUGGCCCUCGGAGGAAGCCGGCGUAGACGCUGACGACCUUCCGCAGGUGUUCUAUGACGCCUGGCGAAAGGGAGGGGUUCGGAGCUCCAAUACUCUUUCCGUGGGGGGCACAGCACCGGCGGAAGCGUCAGAACGGGUUGCAUCGACCCUCUCUGAGGGACAUCGUGAACAGACGACAUACAACGAUAACCAUCCCCGCAAGGUCUCGCCGACACCAGCCAUCGCUGAAGACCGGGAGGCUUCGAAGGCGAAAACCAAAGACGACAACCCCGGCAAGGCCGCUCCCGCCAGCCACUCCCCCAAGAACGGGAGGAUUCGCCGCUGGCUUGAAAAAGCAAGGCGAGGUUGGGCAAACAGGCGGGGCUCGCGCACGAGGCGACGUAGGGACGAUUUGACAUGGUAG